AUGAAGCUCCUGGUUUUCGCAUUCGUAGCUGCUGCGUACGCUGCCCCUCAGGAGUACAGUCUGCCCAAGCCCUCUGGCCCUUCUUUUGACUCUGGAAGUUGUGGCAAUGGACAAGUGCGACACGUGGACGGCAGUUGCGUGACACCUCAAGUGAACAGCCGUGUGUUCCUGUACGAUGUGCCAGCAAACGAAGGUGUAGUCAAUCGGCCAAGCUACAUUCCGGAACCUAAAGUGGAACGCAAUAUCAUUUUUGUGAGACUUCCUGACGGCGCACAGGGACCAGAACCCAUCGUCGUACCACCGCCACAACAGCAACACGUCGUGUACGUCCUGAACAAGCAGUCAGACCAGGACCAGCGAGUGAUCGAAGUGCCAGCGCCGCCGCCAUCCAAACCCGAAGUGUUCUUCGUGAACUACGCAGAAGGAGAGAACCCGACUCUUCCCAGCGGAGUCGACCUCCAGACGGCGCUGAGUUCAGCUUCUCAGGGCGGCGGUCAAGUUAUUGGAGGCGGUGGUGUUGGAGGAGGAAUCGGAGGUGGAGUUGGAGGUGGAGUAGGAGGAGGCUGCAUUGUCAUCAUCCUAAAGUCCUAG